AGUUCAACAAGGAACUGCAGGACGUGUUUGAGAAGAGCAAAAGAAAAUUGAACAAGAUCUGCUUUUUGAAACACAGUUUCACCACAAUGGACAUGCCUGACUUUUCUUCUAUAUCAUCUAGGCCUACAAUUUUUGAGUUUGAGGGUAUCUCAAUGAUCAACCACUUCACUGAAAACUGGGAAAAGGUGAAAAACUUUCAAGCAAGGCCUGAUGAUAUUCUGAUCGCCACUUACCCCAAAGCAGGUACCACCUGGGUUUCAUAUAUUCUAGACCUUCUGUAUUUUGGUGAAAAUGCACCAGAGGAACACACUUCUCAGCCUAUCUACAUGAGAGUGCCAUUCCUGGAGUCUUGUUUCAAAGUGAUAGCAUCAGGAACGGAACUGGCUGAUAACAUGACCACCUCUCCUCGUCUCAUUAAAACUCAUUUACCUGUUCAGCUUAUCCCCAAGUCCUUCUGGGAGCAGAACUCAAGGGUUGUGUAUGUAGCUCGGAAUGCAAAGGACAAUGUGGUUUCCUAUUUUCAUUUUGAUCGAAUGAACAUAGUAGAGCCUGAUCCAGGGGAUUGGAACACCUUCUUACACAGAUUCAUGGAUGGAAAGAGUGUGUUUGGUCCUUGGUAUGACCAUGUGAAUGGAUACUGGGAAAAAAAACAGACGUACUCUAACCUAUUAUACUUGUUCUAUGAGGAUUUGGUUGAAGACACUGGACGUGAAGUGGAUCGUUUGUGUUCCUUCUUGGGUUUGUCUACCUCAGUCAGUGACAGGGAGAAAAUUACAAAAGAUGUUCAGUUUGAUGCAAUGAAACAAAACAAGAUGACCAACUAUUCCACUCUGCCAGUCAUGGACUUCAAGAUAUCGCCCUUCAUGCGGAAAGGUAAAGUUGGAGACUGGAAAAAUCACUUCACUGUGGCACAAAAUGAACAGUUCGAUGAGGUCUACAAAGAGAAGAUGAAGAAUGCCACUGUCAAGUUCCGCACUGAGAUUUAAUACAUCAUGCUCUAGAUAUUUCUUCAGAGAAGCAGCUAACAACAUGAUCUUUGUCAUGUUAUACUAACUAAGUCUAUUUAUACUACAGAUUUUUAAUAUAGAUCUUUGAUCCAUUACAGAAUAUAUUGUAAUUACAAAAUUGAUAGGUUGAUUUCUGUGGAGAAUGGUAAAACUUUCAAAGUACAGUAUGCGAUGUGAUUAUUAUGUGCCAACACAGAUGUAACCAUUUAAUAACCAUGUGUAUAAGCCUUUUAUAAGCCUCGUAGUUUAUAUUAAAUGCUUUUAUUCAAUU